GCCGGACGUCUAACGUGGCAGACAAGCGAAUGGCUGCGGCGUUACCACCACUUUUAUCUCGCAACGACCACUUGUUGAAUGGCUUCUCCGCAACGACCAUUAAGUCCGAACAAAGCCCAGAUCGAGAGUAAAAUUUAGGGGUCCCGAGAGCCAGCCAGGAAGCCCGCCCUGCCAAGUCCAGAGGGAAAUUAGUCGAAAUCAGGUCCCCGACGCGGCGGACGCUCACCCGAACCCCUUUCGAAAGGCGCUGAGUUGGAAGGGGAAAAUCGCCCCGCAAAUCGCCCUCGCCCACCGCCCCCCGAGGACAGCCCUACUGUGCACCUCUGCCACGCCCGCCGAGCCCUUCGUCGAGGAGAGAGCGAGAGAUUCCCCGGGAACAAGGGUUGGAGACCCCGAAAUAAGCGAGUUGAGAGGGACUUCUGGGGCGCCGUCGGAAGGGAGACUCACACGCCGGAGGACCGUCGAGGAGGACGCAGCAGCAGCCGCUCGCGCAAUGCAGAACCAAAAUGAACUCCUGGGAAGAGCGGAGGACUUUGCAGAUCAGUUUCUGCGAUACAGUAAGAACUAUUUGCCGCACAUAGCCAGAUUAUGUUUGGUGAGCACCUUCCUUGAGGAUGGCCUGCGUAUGUGGUGGCAGUGGCACGAGCAGCGUGAAUACAUGGAUAUUUCAUGGGGCUGCGGGUACUUCAUUGCCACGCUGUUUGUGGUAAUCAACCUGGUGGGGCAACUUGGGGGCGUGUUCAUGGUGCUUUUCCGCAAGAAGGUUGAGGUCGCAUGUGGACUCCUGCUCUUCAUUGUGGUCCUGCAGACCAUCGCGUACCAGAUCUUGUGGGAUAUGCAGUUCCUGUUCCGCAACCUAGCCCUGGUGGGAGGCCUGGCGCUGGUGCUUGCCGAGAGUAAAAAGGAAGCGAGGUCCAUCUUCGCUGGUGUCCCCUCGCUGGGAGAGAACAAGCCCAAGACGUACCUCAUGUUGGGUGGCAGAAUCCUCCUAGUAUUCAUGUUCCUCACACUCGUCAGAUUUGAGUUCUCCGUGAUGCAGAUAUUCCAAAUUGUGAUUGGCGGUUUGCUGAUGGCCCUGGUGGCAGUCGGCUACAAGACCAAGCUGAGCGCAUUCCUGCUUGUGCUCUGGCUCAACGUCUUCAACAUUUACGUGAACGCGUGGUGGUCCAUUCCCGCGUACAAGCCCAUGAGAGAUUUCCUCAAGUACGAUUUCUUCCAG